AUGGUGGAGACCAUCACAACAGACCUCUCUCUGAACUACAUGAAUUCUGGAUAUGUGGACUAUGGGGGAAAUAUUGAAUAUGAAUGCUCAAGACAACCUUACGGAUUGAUGGUCUUUGCGUGUGUCUGUAUGGGGAUUUCUCUCUGUGGACUUGUGGGGAAUGGGGUAGUCAUGUGGUUCCUGGGCUUCCACAUGAAGCAGAACCCUUUCACUGUCUACAUCCUAAAUCUAGCUGUUGCUGACUUCUCUCUGCUCCUCCUGUUUUUUCUGCUCAUACUGGCAUUUUUGAGCUUAACAGCAAUUUGUUCUUAUUUGUAUAAUUUUAUUUCUUUCUACAUAGAUUUUGUAUCAGUAGUUGAAUUUCUGUGCCACUUUUUUGACCUUAGCAGCUUGGGUCUCCUGGCAGCAAUCAGCGUGGAGCGAUGUCUCUCUGUCCUCUUCCCAAUCUGGUAUCGCUGCCACCGCCCAAAGCACUUAUCAGGUGUUGUGAGCGGGAUGCUCUGGGCUCUUGCUGGAUUUUUUGUUUCCUCAAUGUAUCUUAGCUUUAACUUUGCUGAAAGCUAUGAAACAGCAUUUUCAGGUGUAGCCAUUGCAAUUGCCAUUAUUUUGUCAUCAAUUAUGUUAAUUUCCAACCUGUCCCUGUUCAUCAAACUCCAAUGUGGCUUACAGAGACGACGCCUGGGGAAACUCUAUGUUGCUGUCCUUCUCAACGUGAUCUUCUUUUUUGCCCUUGGUAUUCCUUUCAGUGUAGAGGUUUUCCUCAGCCUUCCAAGUUCACACGAAUUGUUUCCUGAAAAUACAUCUUUUCUGCUGGCUUUGCUGAACUGCAGCGUCAAUCCAGUCAUUUACUUUCUGGUGGGGAGCUGCCGGCAGUGCCAGUUCCGAAGCUCUGUGAAAGUCGCCCUCCGACGAGUGUUUGAAGAGAAAGCGGUGAGCAAGGAGAGGAGCCAUGUGCCUGAAGACACUGUGGUGGAGACCACUCUAUAG